AUGUACCGCAUGCUCGAAAUAGCCAACCAUGUGGACAUAGAGGAGGAAGCAAAGGUGGAAUACAUAGUGGAUGGAAUAAUAGACGACGAGAACAAUAAGGCUAUAUUGUACGGCGCUACGUCAAUCAAAGAGUUGAGGAAGAGGUUAGUGAUGUACGAAGAGCAGAAGAGUCGCAGAGCAAAGUCGAUUGUGAAGCCGGCUAAAACCCAGAAAAACGGGAAGCCCAGUCAAUCUGUAGAUGCAAUGAAGAAAAGAAGAUGCUUCAUUUGCGGUAGUGAGGAUCAUCUAAGUGUUAAGUGUCCGGAGAGGGGAGAAAGUGUUAGGUGUUCCGAGUGCAGCGGAUUUGGACAUAUUGCAGCGAGGUGUACGGCACGACCGAAAGAGACUUGCGUAGUGUCAAGAUCCGAAAAGGGGAAUUAUCUUCUCCUUCGUUUCAGGCUGUCGCUGGCGAUACCAGUCAACCGCGAAGAUUACUCGAGAUGCAGCAUGUACGAUGUAAAUUACACGGAAAUUUUGCUAAAUGGAAGCCACGUACCGGACCCAUCGUGGCCAGCGAAAGAUUGCCAACAAGGAUGGGAAUUUAAUUAUACCACCGUCCCUUAUGCGUCUGUGGCAUCCGAGCUGGGAUGGGUUUGUCAGUAUGAUGCAUUGCCAGCCAUAGCUCAAAGUAUCUUCUUCAUCGGCGCUAUCUUCGGAGGAUUAAUUUUUGGAUGGGUUGCUGAUCAAUAUGGAAGAAUACCAGCUUUACUCGGAGCUAAUUUAAUGGGAUUUCUCGCUGGGGUGGCUACUGCGUUCGCGGGUAGCUUCUGGCAGUUCACUUUGUGUCGUUUUUUCGUUGGAUUCUGUAAUAUCGAAAAAUAAGGAUAGAAAUUUUUUUUUCGAUUGCUUACAAUUUAUUAAUAUUAAACUGAAUAUACAGAUAUAAAUUGGACAGAGAACGAUAUUUAUUUAACGGAACUAAAUGCAAUACUCGUAUCUAUAUCAAAUAACUUUACAGUUAUUUGAUCACUCUUGUCACAACGAAUCUAACACACACACACUCUCUCUCUAACAACUCUAUCAAUUCUCACGACUCUACUCUUCGACGACUCGAAACCUCUAACGACUCUACUCUUCGACAACUCGAAACCUCUAACGACUCUACUCUUCAACGACUCAAUUACCUCUGACUUUCGCAACACACUCGCUUUUCGACUCGCAUACUCUGACUUCUCGGUCGUCCGCCCUUGAAACACGAAACCGUCCUUCUGCUCUAACGUUGUUUCUUGUUUUUCUCAUAUCUCUGUAAGAACUAGGUGACUUUAGUCACAUAGGCGCUCUUAAAUGUAAACGAACCACAGAAGGACGACGUACACGGUUUUUUCUAUUUUCAACCGAUCUCUAAUUCAAAUUUAUUCUACGAUAUUACAAUUCGCCUUUGAUAAUUGCUUCACUAUGAUGUACAUAUUAGGUAACCGUUUUUCAAUAAUUUCUUUUUUGCCCUGGAAUUGAGUUUGAAAGCCACACAGUGGCUACAAAAAGUACUUGUACGUAUGUAUCCUUAUUUCCCAAUGAAGCGUCUCUCUUCCUUUUUUUUAAAUCAGUUUUUACGUUUCAUUUUGAUAGCAUUAAUUAUUUAUAAGCAUGUAUGAAAGUAUUACAAAUGAUACGAAAGCUAAUAUUUUAAUCAGUCUUAUCUUAAGACUUAGUCUUAAUUAAUUGGUAUAUAUAUAAAUGCUGUUCUAAAUACGAUGGUGUACAGUUACUUUUUGUAAUUACUGUAAGCAGGAAGAUCUCUAAGUUUAAAUAACAAAGUAAUCUCUACAACAUACUGUAAAACUGUUGUUAUGCUUGAUUUACGACUGACGUUUCUACAAGUAUAUGAAUUUCGCAACAGAACUCACGUUGCCAUGCAACAAUUUAAAUGAAAUAGAAAACCAUUCAAAGUUACGAAGAUGCUUAAAUACAUAUGAAUAUACAUGAGGUCAUACAUAUUUAUUUUUUAACUGCGGCGUUUAUAUCAAAGAGAGGGAGAGAGACAGAGAAAAAUUAAUUUUCCUGUUUUAUAAGAAUUUCAUGCAAGAUAAAAAUAUGAAACUUUAAGAU